GUUACUAACCACAUAGCCCAUUUUCUAAUCCUAGUUUUGCCGCCUUUCCUAUUUUCCCGUCUCUUUCACCAUCAAAACUAAAACCCUAUCUUUUUCGCAGAUCGCCAACCACCAGCCAUGUCGGUUACAGCCGGUGUCAGCGACACCAUUAUCGCCAUUAGAGAGAAGCUCCGAGGUAAAAUCGGCCAAACCAAAGUCAAGCGAUACUGGCCUGGAAAAGCUCCAGAAUGGGCCGACGAAGCCGAGGAAGAGGCCGAUCUUCGCACCUCGUCUCGCCGUCAAACCCUAGAACGUGCUUUUCCGGCGAAUGAGGAUUCUUCAUUUACACGUGGCGAUGAUCCCCGUCUACGGAGGCUGGCGGAGAAUCGAGCUGAGAAUAGGGAGGAGGUGCGCGCUGAUCAUCGUAGAAUUCGGCAAGCCGAGAUUGUGUCUACGGAGGAAGAGGAGAGUCGCGCGGAAGAAGCGGCUGCUGAAGAGGAGGAUGAUGAUGCGGUGGAGGAGAGGAGGAGAAAGAUAAGAGAGAGAAAUUUGCAGAGGAGGCAAGAAGAGGAGAAGCAACUGGCUCCGAUUGAGGAGGAGGAUGAAGAGGCGGAGGACGAAGAAGAGGAAGAAUCGGAGUACGAGACGGAUUCCGAGGAGGAAGAGAUGAAUCAGUUGAAGUUGGUGAAACCAGUUUUCGUGCCAAAACAGGAGAGAGAGACAAUUGCGGAGAGGGAGAGAGUGGAGGCGGAGGAGAUAGCGUUGGAGGAGGCGGUAAAGAGGAGGUUGGAGGAGCGAAAGGCAGAGACGAAACAGAUAGUGGUGGAGAAGAUUAGAGAGUAUGAGGUGAUUCAGAAGAAUCUAGAAGCCGAAGCUGAUAUUGCUGAUAUUGACACUGAUGAUGAGGCGAAUGAAGCGGAGGAGUACGAGAGCUGGAAAGCAAGGGAGAUAGCAAGGAUUAAGAGAGACAGGGAGGAUAGAGAGGCAAUGGUGAAGGAAAAAGAGGAGAUUGAGAGGGUUAGGAAUAUGACUGAGGAUGAAAGGAGAGAGUGGGAGAGGAAGAACCCAAAGAAUGGGCCACCUGCUAAGCAAAAAUGGAGGUUUAUGCAGAAAUAUUAUCAUAAGGGUGCUUUCUUUCAGGAGGAUGCUGAUGAUAGGGCUGGCACUGCUGGGGGUGAUGAAAUAUUCCACCGCGAUUUUUCGGCACCCACUGGGGAUGAUAAGCUUGAUAAGACCAUUUUGCCUAAGGUUAUGCAGGUUAAGCACUUUGGAAGGAGUGGCAGGACCAAAUGGACUCACCUUGUUAACGAGGAUACAACUGAUUGGAACAAUCCGUGGACGUUCAAUGAUCCUCUACGAGCAAAAUACAACCUAAAAAUGGCUGGCAUGAACAGACCAAUUGCAAAACCUAAAGGAAGCCGGAAACUAAAGGAUUGGGAGCAGUGACUCUACUCUAUACUUUUACCUACAAAUUUGAUUAGGGGGUGUCUCUUGUAACCUUGCUUCUGUAGUAGAUAUUCUGAACAAGUAACGUAAAUAUUUGUAGCAGGCGGGUAAGUGAUUCAGUUGCUGAUUCAGUUGCUAAUAUAGAGUAAUUCAGUUGCUGAUUCUCCUCUCAUAUCUGAUUUCUAUUUGAUUUGCUUCCCAGCACAAAUAUAAAUGCUGUUUUAUAUUCCAUUUCUAA